CUCGCUCCGAGGCGGCACCGGGAGAAAGUGGCGGUCAGGGAUGGAGCUGCUGCCAUGACAACCCCGGCGGUCGGGGCCCGCGCGCGUCGGGGCUGCUCCCGGGAGGAAGGCGGCGCGGAGGCCGGGGGCGGCCGCUGAGCUUGGCGUCCGCGCGGCUCCGGUGCCGGCUGCGCCGCGCCUUCCCCAGCGAGCUACCGAGCUUGGGGCCGCCGCGGUCCGCUCCCGCCGCCCGGCCUCUCCUUCCUCGGCCACCGCCGCAGCCCCUGCCCCACCGAGCCCCGCCGGAUAGCGGCGGCUGCGGCGCGCAUUUGGGCUCUGAGGAAGUUGACCGAGGCGGCUGCCGCAGGAUCCCGGGACCGGAUUGCACGAAGCCCGCGCGGCCGUCUCCUCCGCGCGCCACCCCUGCGCCUCCUGCGAGCUCCACUUCCCAUCUGCUAUUGUUUCCGAUUGUUUUCCGGUGGCGAGCCCGGCUCCGAAACUUACGAAGUGUUGGAUUUCCCCUGUUCGAACUGAGGGACUGCAGACCGCCUCUGGGUAGCUGGAUGAAGCCCACCCCGUCCCCUUCUGGUACCAAAGUGCUUACUCCUCGCCAAAGUGCCAUGUCUGAACUGCCACUGGGAAGGAGCGGCUCCUGAGACGCGCCCACACCUUUCAGCUGCCUCGCUUUUCCCCCUCCUCGGCCACCUUCCCGGCAGAAGCAGCAAGGAGGGAGCCCCCUUUGGCCGUCCUCCGUGGAACCGGUUUUCCGAGGCUGGCAAGCCGAGGCUGGAUUUGGGGGAGGAAUAUUAGACGUGGAGGAGUCUGCGCGCUUUUCUCCUCCCCGCGCCUCCCGGUCGCCGCUAGUUCACCGCUCACUCCCCGCGCUCGCUCCGCACCCCACCCACUUCCUGUGCUCGCCCGGGGGGCGUGUGCCGUGCGGCUGCUGGAGUUCUGGGAAGUUGUGGCUGUCGAGAAUGGGGGUCUGUGGGUACCUGUUCCUGCCCUGGAAGUGCCUCGUGGUCGUGUCUCUCAGGCUGCUGUUCCUUGUACCCACAGGAGUGCCCGUGCGCAGCGGAGAUGCCACCUUCCCCAAAGCUAUGGACAACGUGACGGUCCGGCAGGGGGAGAGCGCCACCCUCAGGUGCACUAUUGACAACCGGGUCACCCGGGUGGCCUGGCUAAACCGCAGCACCAUCCUCUAUGCUGGGAAUGACAAGUGGUGCCUGGAUCCUCGCGUGGUCCUUCUGAGCAACACCCAAACGCAGUACAGCAUCGAGAUCCAGAACGUGGAUGUGUAUGACGAGGGCCCUUACACCUGCUCGGUGCAGACAGACAACCACCCAAAGACCUCUAGGGUCCACCUCAUUGUGCAAGUAUCUCCCAAAAUUGUAGAGAUUUCUUCAGAUAUCUCCAUUAACGAAGGGAACAAUAUCAGCCUCACCUGCAUAGCAACUGGUAGACCAGAGCCUACGGUUACUUGGAGACACAUCUCCCCCAAAGCGGUUGGCUUUGUGAGUGAAGACGAAUACUUGGAAAUUCAGGGCAUCACCCGGGAGCAGUCAGGGGACUACGAGUGCAGUGCCUCCAAUGACGUGGCCGCGCCCGUGGUACGGAGAGUCAAGGUCACCGUGAACUAUCCACCAUACAUUUCAGAAGCCAAGGGUACAGGUGUCCCCGUGGGACAAAAGGGGACACUGCAGUGUGAAGCCUCAGCAGUCCCCUCAGCAGAAUUCCAGUGGUACAAGGAUGACAAAAGACUGAUUGAAGGAAAGAAAGGGGUGAAAGUGGAAAACAGACCUUUCCUCUCAAAACUCAUCUUCUUCAAUGUCUCUGAACAUGACUAUGGGAACUACACUUGCGUGGCCUCCAACAAGCUGGGCCACACCAAUGCCAGCAUCAUGCUAUUUGUGAUGGCUCCUAAACUGACUGUGGGAAUCAUAAUUGGGUAAAAUAGUCAAGAACUCAGAGGGGAACGCUUGCUAUUUCAGUCUUUGCUCACUGGCUCAGUGUAAAAUUUUCCCUUUUCCGAAACUGUCUCCAGUCGCUGGGACGUGAAGAGCCCCGCCUUCGUCACAUAUCUGGCUACUGUAUUGAUAUCAGAAGAAAGUGAGCAAGCUCCCUUGUAAACCCUGAUGCCUGCCCCUGCUAGCAGACGGCUGUGCAGACAUGAGCCUGCCUUCCUGGUGGUGCCACCAGGCAGGGCUCUGGGCCUGUCAUGAUGGCUCCAUCCCUUGAUGAAUGCAGAUUCUCCCUAAAGGCCACAGGAUUAAAUUCUGGUUGCCUUUUGGGCAAAUUCCUUCAUAACCCAUCAAGUUCUUUGAGCUUGAGAUUUUUUCAAACCUGUCUCCCCAAUCCCUCAUGUUAACAAGCACUCUUGAAUGUGAUGGGGAAGUAAGGGGAGGCAUUUGACAGAUAAUUUGCAAGAACACAAAUUCCUUAUAUUCUGAGAACUUUGGGAUAAUCCCAUGGCCCAGCCAUGUGCCCUCGGUGAUAGCGUAUGUGGCUUUCUCCGAAUCAUGAGCCUGCACUGCUUCACCACACGAUCUCUGCUCGCCCAUUACAUCCUCCUGCAUUCUACCCAGCACAAAUAGUAAAGCCCAGCUUUAUCUGAGAGAGCUGGGAAGGAGAAAGCCGCCCUUGAUUCCCGAGCCAGUGGCUUGGAAUGGGCAGAGCUGUGAUUUGAGUGAUUGAUGUGUCUGGCAUCUCUCACACAGGGAUGAUCAUAAGAGCCCCUCACAUUUUUCAGGCCUUUUUGGCAGGCGUCUGUCUGCAUGAACAGAGACCAGGAUUAGGAAGGGACAGACCCCUCCUUCCCUUGCUUUGCAAAUCUAAGGCUCCCCCUCAGUUUCCCAUUAACCCAAGUCCUGCUCUCCACCCACAGCACUCCUCAUCCUGACAGGGGUAGUCUUCCCCCCGCCACCCACCACUUUGACCUGCUCUCUCCUGACUUGGUUGCAUGAAAUGGUUCAGCCACUGGCUUUAUCACGAUUGUAUACUUCCCCGGCUUCUUCUCCUUAAGCCAUCUCAGGAUGAGAAUAGGGAGAAGCAGCAAACAGUUCUCGUAAGAGUUGAAUAGAUGACAUUUAUGACAAGGAAAGCAGCGAAGCGCAGGUCAUAAAUAUGCUCUUUUCAGCAGGCACACAUGUAGCAAUUACAAUGUCUACUUCCCAUGCCCCCCGCCCUAUGGGUCUAUCAGCAUCUGCCCUGUGCCUCCUUUCGGACGUUUCUACCAUUGCCAGCUCUCCAGGGUUUUCUAAAAAGGACAUGAAAAAGUAAUAGUAUGUAUUCAAAUAUAUUUAGAAAGAGUGGGUCACACCAAGAUGAGUGGGGUACAUGUGGGGAUGUUCUUUAAUGCCAGAAGUCCCAGAGCCUUAACAUGCUAAAUCUCUAGGGGAGAAAAAGUUUGCAGGAUGUUUCAAUCAGAAACCAAUUUAAUUUGUUAGCUUCAGUUGAGAGAUCAUUCCUGAGGAGUCCAUCACUAGCAAUGCUGCCUGAGUAACAUAAUUCUGUGGAGCUCGCAAACCCCAUUCCUGUGUGAGAUGAGUAUUUGCAGCCAAUAGUUCGUAUGUUAUUGUGGCUCCUAGCUUCAUUAUUGAGGCUCACCAUCAAUGAGGUCUUUUGACAAAUAUGAAUUUGUUAGGGAAUUUUCCAUGUCAGUUUCCAUUAAAAGCCAACAAGCACACUUGGGGCAGGUUGGAAAGCAGCAUGUACUUUUUGUGAAUAUACAAACUUCUUGAUGAAGUUAUACAAACUUCUUGAUGAAGUUAGAAAGGCAGCAACAUUAUCAUCAUUUGGCCACCAACUUGUGCAUAAACUGCACGCUCUCUCCAAGUGGCCUAGACAUUGAGAAGUGAGGAAUUCUGGUGCAAGAGACCAUACUCCGGCGGUCUGGGAAUACUUAAGCCAAACGGGAGCAGGUUAGUCCUUCCCAUCACAAGCACCUGAUCUCUAAGGUGACAGGGCUUGCAGGGGCCUCUGAGAGUUCUGCUCCCGCACUCCUGAAUCACAGUGCUCUGGGGAGCUUGUUCCUACCAUGGUGCCAGGGGCAAAAAUUUCUGAACUUGGUGUCCUAAGAUGAAACGAUGGAGGUGGGGAAGUGGGAAACAAGUCUCAUCUGGAAAGAAACUUUAGCCCUUUGUUAUCCAGUUCGUAGCCUGGCUCAGCAUGAGCUAAGAGUGAAUCCAACUGCACCAGAAUAUGUAUGGUGUAACCAGCUCCCUGCCUUCCCAGUCACGGCAUUCAAUAUGGAAACAUAAAGCAUGUCAGCGUUUCUCUUGCCGCACCUUGUCCUACGCCUUUGGUUUCUGUCUUCCUUUUUUUUUAUAUAUUCCCCCAGAAAUGUCUGUGAAAGGCAGUAUACAAACUAUAUAUGACAAAUAUAUAGCACUGUAUAUAA